AUGGUUGAGUGCAGGACUUGCUGUCACCGCGCGGGUCGCGUGCCGCGCUGCGGAGACAGAUUCCCUUUCCAGCCGACGGCUGGUAGAAAAUCUUCAACGCAAGGUUGCCAGGCUAGAAGAAGAAAACCGUCAGCUUCAAGCGGAAGUCCUUGCAGCAAAGAGUGGUUUGCACACGGACGACGCCGAGCAGAUGUUCAAGAGCGUGGGCUUGUGAGGACGAUUUGCCUUUCCGAAGGCAGAUCUUCCUUUUCCACUGGCCUCACUUCGUCUGGUGCCUCCAGACCAAGGGCUCGAGUACAGAGAGGAGGAAGGCGAUUGGAUUUCCCUUUUCAGGAAUGCUGCCCCUUACAUUGCAGCUUUCAGGGGCGGUACGGUGGUGGUGCACCUACCGUCGUUCAUGCUGGAGGAUGA